AAGAUGGACCGUGGUAGACAUUCUGUAGAUAUGGGAAAUCUCCAACGCAACCGAAAGAAGGAGAUUGCGAGAACUCAUCCUAGUUUGCGCAAGAAUACCGGGCAGUCCGGGUCUUCUUCUCAAAGUCGAUAAGAUUUUGAACCGGAAUACCAACGGCGAGAUGGCCAUGCGAUGUUCGACGAGCAACUACAACAACUAUUGGCUCAAAAUGAUGGGCGAUUUUUCCAUCAACGAGACAUCCCAGACGAGAUUCACACCAUUGACGAAGAAGAGCUCGAGGAUGACGAUCCGGAGGAGGACGCGGGGGGUGCCGGGAGUCACGGCACCCCGGAUGAGGAGCAAGAGGCGGAUGACGAGGGUGCUUCAUCCCAAACAGGCGGAUACGGGAGCCUCAAAAGGCAUCUUAUGGGCAAGCACAAGGUGGAGUACGCAAAAAUUGAGAAAGGCAAGGGGAAGCAAACACAAAUAUCGAGGUUUGCAAAUAACCAACCUUAUGGCAAUUUCUCGUACAGUGAUCAACAACAUUUGACGGGUAUGGCUAACUUUAUGGUUGAAGAAAAUUUACCUUAUCUGUUUUCUGAAAGUGUUUCUUUUCAAGAGUAUGCACAAACUUGUUUAAAUCCUCAAUUUCGAAGUUUUAGUCGAAAAACGGUUAAGAAAGAAAUUAUAAGGCUUUAUAAGGCGGAAAAGGCAAACGUACAAAUUUUUUUUGCAAACUAUGAUGGGCGUGUUACUGUUUGUUCUGACAUAUGGGAGGACACUUAUCAUAAUUUACAUUAUUUGGGUUUGAUUGCACAUUAUGUUGAUGAUGAUUGGAAUAUGCAUAAACGUGUUCUUGCUUUUCGUGAAUUUAAU